GACAAAGAUCACUCGCGCUCCGCUGCAUCGCCCCAAGGACAAUGUCCGGGUCUCCUGCACUGCUCCUCCUGCUCAGCCUGGGGCUCUGCUGCACCGAUGCUCAGGGACAGAGGGAUGCAGUGGCGGACAGGUUCCUCAACAGGAAUAUGAAGCAUCCCCAGGAGGGACAGCAACUGGAGCUGGAGUGCCCACCUUAUGACAGGGAUAAACCUAUCUUCUGGAUACGUCUAGAUAAGUUUGGGAACAUCCACUUUCUCGUCUCCAGUACCCCUGUUUCCGUCCAGGGGAUGGCAUUCUAUGGGAGUAAGGGAACAUCUUCACAGUUUGAUACAUGGUGGAGAGGCAACACCAAUCUGCUGGUGGUAAAGAACUUCACAACCCAGGAUGAGGGGACCUAUUUCUGCAUCAGCUACACCAACCAGGUGCUGCACUUCAGCUCUGGACAACCCACUUUCUUCCCAGUCGCAACUAAAGCAGCACCCACCACACUUGCAACCACUACCCAGAGCAGCCAGGCCACCAAGAAGGACAAUUCACAACAGAGUCCAGAUGCAGCAGAGCACAUCACACUCAGUGAUUCACACGGAGCAGCCAGGUCACCACAAAGAACAGCUCACAGCAGGGCCGAGAUGCAGGAACAAACAGCAAGAAUACACUGCAUUUCUGCUAUGAUGUGGUCAUGCGGGUUAACCUGGCUGGUGCCUGCCUCCUGCUCCUCACUGCCAUAACCAUCACCAUCAUGCACUGCCAAAGUUGGAUCAAUAUUUCUCAAUCUAUUCUGCACUCUCAGACAAUAACUGAAAACUUAGAAACUUCAUUCCAUCAGACUGUAUUGCCUCUACCAUCCCGAAAUACAUAAAUCAGGGAUGGAAGAAGCAGAACCCAAAGCACUGUGUAAUAACAGGAGAAACAUGCUUUAGUACGGGUCUUGCAAGUGUCCAAAUGCCAACACUCGCAGCAGCAGCUUGCGCUACAGCCAAACUACCUCCCACCUCCUGUUGAAACAAAGCUUACAAUUGGAGAGGAAAUUCUGAAACUUUCACUCAGCUUUCAGUUUCGCCUUACCAAAAAGAUCACAUCUUAGAAAUGCGCAAAAGAGAUGGAUGAUCAAAUCCAACCACGUCUCACACUCCACCGUCACUUGGCGGACCAAGCUCACCGUAAGCAAGCAGCGCUGCAUCGCUGCUCAGCAGAAGGCACACAGGCAUCCUCCUCAAGCACCGCACGGAUCCCAUCAGCAACACACACAGCUGCCCUGAUGGAGCGUGGGCAUUUGGCUGAUCCUUCUCUGCCCAUUCAUCAAUCACACCAAAAACUCAGCUCUCAGACCCCAACCCUCAUCUCACUUCUGAAGUCUUCCCGAUUAAACACUUCUAAUUCUUAACGCUCACAGUGUGUCCUAUGCUUUCACUCAAAGUUAUCAUGGGGACAGAGGGACCGAACAUGCUACAACCAACACCACGAUCGCUUCAAAAUAAAAGAAACCAACUCCCAACUAUAUUGACAUAUAAUUGUCUGUCUGACCAGGGAUCCAUGGUGGGAAGUCUCUCCCAGCUUUUCCAAAUGAAAUCAACACAGCAAGCACCGAGAUCAUUCAUCUCAACCUCACGUCCUCCUGAGCCCAUUCCAAAACCUGUCAGACUCCCGUUUCCCCACAUGAUUUGGUCUAUGCUCUCCACAGCCAUAUCUCAUUCAUUGAUUGAUGAAAAUUAAUUAAAUACAGACAAAUUUCAACACAGCCUUUACUAAUAGGAAACCAUGAUGCCCUGUUUUUAAGGACAAGAAGAACCUCUACACCUGAUAGCUCAUCUCUCUUUCCCAACUCUCUCAGGGGCACUAACAGUGAUGCUGAUCGUUGCUGCUCUGCAACUGAGGACUCAGCAUUAUAAGCGGAUGUCUGACAUCACAGUCUAACCUGGGCUGACCUUAGUUACCCCACUCCAGAAGGCUCCACACUGGCUUUUCUUUUCAGCCCAAAAUUCAUUGAGGCCCAAUCAAAUGAGCCCAGGGAUAACCACACAGUUUGGGCCCAUUUCCUCACAAAACAGCACUUCCAUCAGACAGCGGUGCCUGCUUUCGGGCACCCAGGAACAGGGGGCACAUUUGCAAAAGAGGAAUACAACAACACAUCACAAAUAACAGCAGAGCCAGGAAAUAACAACAGAAGACGCAAAUAACACCAGCCCACGGAAACUGUCAUUACUGUAUGUGCAAAGCUGCAGGAAGCGCAGCACUUACCAAUGUGUGAGUGGUCACCUGGAGGCAGCAGCAACAGCCCUCAGUGUUGCGGCAUAUGAGGGUUACUUAAGGCAGGGCGGAAGUCCCUGUGGUUGUAGAACAAAAAGACAAGAAUUUAAACUACAGAUAAAUAAGUCUGCAUGAGUCUGGGACAUGACGGUGUACUGAUGGCUACCACAGCACAGACCUCCUGCCUUGCACACAGCGGUUUCUGCAGAGAAAGUAUAAAGAAGAAACGUGGAGAACAGCUGAGCUGAAACACUCAGCUACAUCUCAGCAAUGCAUGGACCCUGAGAUGACAAGUGCACAUGGAUCAAUCUGAAAACAGAUUAAAAAGUAUACUA